CACCAUGAGAUCAACCAUCCUUAGAAAGCUCUCCUUCCGGCCUUGGGCCGCCACCGCGGAAGUGGCCCCGUUACCGGCGACAACCCAAUUCAACCGAGAACUCACUAAGGAGCUCAACACCCUUCAGUCACUAAGCAUUGGUGGGGGUGAACUUGGGUUGGCUCAAUUACUUGAUGCUGCCAUCAACACCCAAAAAAUUGCCUUGAAAUCGCUGGUGAAAAUUCCUCACAGAGAUGAUGUGGACCGUGGAGUAUUGGAAGAGUAUCUAGAGAGCAACGUUGAUGUCCUCGACGCGUGCAAUUACUUUGUGGACAGAAUAGAGGACAUGAAGAAGUAUGUGAACACAUUGAGAGUGGUUACACACUUGAUUGAUGGUGUGAAUGUCAACAACAAGCAUGAUGCUAUGAAAACAACACGUGCAUUGGUCCUUUUGGAAUCAUGUAAUGAUAUAGAAAAGAAAUGCAAAAAGAGUGGAUUGUGUUUGAGAAGAUUAAUGUUGAGGCAAAAGCUAUUCCAUGAUGAUCAUGAAACUGAGUUCAGUGAGAUUGUGACUGGAUCUAAGGCCAUGGCCUUAAUGGGUUGCAGGUUUCUUGAACAAGGCUUGUCAUUUGAUUGCAAAAGUGGAUUGCCCUUGAUCAAGAAGUGUCCCCCCAUGUUUUCUUUUUUGCUGGGUUUGGCAGAGAAAGCAGAAGGAAGUGCUGUGAAGAAACUACACAAAAGGGGAUCUCGGUGUUUUGUGAUGAGUGAGCUGCAGCAAACAGUGGCUGCAGCUAGGGAAUUAAAGGAGAAGAUGAAGGGUAAAGGGGAAAAAGAGAUGAUUAAAUCUUCUGUUGAGGGACUGAAGAGAAGUUGCAGGGGAUUGGAGGAUGAGCUUGAUUUUCUAGAGGGGAGAGUAAAGGAUUUGUAUAAAGGUUUGAUUGAUGUUAGAAUGGCUUUGCUGGGAAUUCUGUCCCAGGCAUAAAAGUUUUAGAUAUGAUUAAUUAGAGUAGCUAUAGCCUAUAGGAUGCUAACAAUAAGAAAGAUGACACUUUGCCUUCAGUCAAGGAUGUAUAGAAUUGAUCUGAGAUGUAUUGAGUAUUGACAAUGAAAUUAAUUAACCUCCCUUCAUGUGGCUA